CUUUCUCUCUCAAACCCAGAUCUGGGUUUUUCUCAAACCCAAACCCAGAUCUGGGUUUUUCUCAAUUUGGUGAAAAUUCAUACAUUAAAAUGAAAAAUACAAACCCCUGCACGUGGCUCCGGACGCCUCAAAGUCGAUACUUGUUCCUCUUGCUCUACUCUCCUAUCCUCCUCCCUUUCCUCUGCGCAACUUUUCCUCUACUCUGUGCCACGGAGUUCUGCUUCUGGGUUUUUCACGAGAGGACGAGAAGGAAAGCAGUUGCACGGCAGUCAACAAACGAGGAGGAGCGGCUGAGGGGAUGCAAGGAGGGGUGUGGGUGAAAUAAUGAAGGGGAAGAAAGUGAGGUGGGGUUGUUGCUCAAACCCAGAUCUGGGCGUUUCUCAAACCCAGAUCUGGGUGUUUCUCAAACCCAGAUCUGGGUUUCACAAAUCUGGGUUUUCUCUAGUGAUUUUGAUUGUGGUUUUUUCUUUGUAACUUUGAAAGUUGAAACGUC